AUGGGGACGCCGUGGAAGGAACGGGAUAAUCUCCCGGGCAAGCUCCCGAUCAUGACCGCCUUAUUUCGGAAGGUACUUGACUCGAUCUCCGGCCGGCCGAGUUUGAAUUCGAAUUCGAAUUCGGAUUCUGUCGCCGCUCGCCGUAGUCUUCAAUGGUCGGCGUCGUCGUCUUCGUCCUUGUCCCUGGGAGUGUUCGAUCGGCUGCCGCUCGAUGUCUUGGUGCAGAUUGUGAGGCUGGCUGGGCCGAAGGACGCUGCAAAGCUCUGCGUGGCUAGCAAGUCGUGGAGGUCGCUCGUGUCGGAUAAUCGCCUUUGGAUUUUCUUCCUCCAGGACGAAGAUGAGCCUUGGAAUUGGGACUCUGUGUUCUUUUCCGAGAUGAAUCUCCGUUCCGGCUAUCCUGUCCAGAUGUACCCGAGUGAUAUGUCUACCGAGCUAUCUCUGAUGCGCAUAUACGGCGAGAGAAUGAAAGUGCCUGGUGCUGUUAUCAUUGAUGGUGGGUCGGGCUAUUGCAAAUUUGGGUGGAGCAAAUAUGAUAGUCCAUCUGGGCGGUCAGCCACAUUUUUGGAAUUUGGCAACAUAGAGUCCCCAAUGUACUCGAGAUUGCGGCAUUUUUUUGCUACUAUUUAUAGCAGGAUGCAAGUUAAGACAUCUACCCAGCCAAUUGUCUUGUCUCUUCCUAUAUGCCACUAUGAUGAUACUGACUCUGCCAGAGCAUCAAGAAGGCAACUGAAAGAAGCUAUCCACUCUGCUCUCUUUGACAUGAAUGUUCCAGCUGUUUGUACAGUUAAUCAGGCAAUUCUAGCACUUUAUGCUGCACACAAGACUUCUGGAAUUGUUGUUAAUAUUGGUUUCCAGGCGACUUCUGUAGUUCCAAUUUUAAAUGGAAAAAUAAUGCACUCUGUGGGUGUGGAAGCUAUCGGCAUCGGUGCCUUAAAAGUUACAGGUUUCCUGAAGGAGCAGAUGCAACAGAAUAACAUAAAUUGUGAAUCUCUUUACACCAUUCGGACACUGAAAGAGAACCUCUGCUAUGUUGCUUAUGAUUAUCAAGCUGAGCUGUCCAAAGACACAAAAGCAUCCAUGGAAAUCCCUGGAGAAGGGGUGUUUACACUUUCGAAUGAACGCUACAAAACAGGGGAGAUCUUGUUCCAACCGCGGCUUACAGGAAUGCGCGGGAUGGGGCUGCAUCAGGCUGUUGCACUUUGCAUCGACCAUUGUCAUGCUGCAGAGUUGACUGGCGACGAUUCUUGGUUCAAAACCAUAGUUCUGACAGGAGGAACAGCAUGCUUACCCGGACUUGCAGAACGCCUCGACAAGGAAGUUCGUCUGCUACUUCCCGCCUCCUCAGGCAACGGGAUCAAAGUAAUCCCACCUCCAUACGGAGUAGAUACUCCAUGGUUCGGUGCUAAGCUCAUAAGCAACUUGAGCACUUUCCCGGACUCCUGGUGUGUGGUGAAGAAGAACUUCCGUCGGAAGUCGCGUUUCAAUCUGGCCUGGUGA